GUUCUCGACACGCUGCAUGCUCUGCUUGAUUCUGUGGGCCUUCCAGAUCCGGAAUAUAAGUACAACCGAGUGGUUGAGUACAUACGGAAGGUGGUCUACCCGGACCUCCCGCAGUCACAUCAGCUCGUUUUGACCGGUCACUCGUUAGGGGGGGGGAUAGCUCAUAUAGCAGCUGCUUUACUCAACGAGCCUGUUGUGUCCUUCACUCCUCCUGGAGCAUACCAGUCGCUCUCGAAGCAUCUCUACUGGAACGCAAAGGACCGCAGACAGCUACAUCAGGCGGCGCACAACCGAACGGUGACCAUCUUGGCUGAGAAUGACAUGAUAGGAAAGCUCUACUAUCCUCCUCUCUCCAUCCUCUCUUCCUCCCUUUCUCCCUCUCUCCUCCUCCUCCUCUCCUGUCCUCCUUCCACUCUGCUCAUUUGCGUCGUCCAGGGCGAAUUUUCGACUCUCAUGGAGGUAACGUUGGAGAGAAUGAACACAAAACAGGACAGGACAGGACAGGACAGGACAGGACAGGACAGGACAGGACAGGACAGGACAGGACAGGACAGGACAGGACAGGACAGGAGUCUCGCUCCCUUGACGUCGGAGUUCUCAGAUCAACUGGGGCCUGUGGGGUGCCAUAUGCUUGAGAACACGAUCUGCAAUCUCAUCCAGAAGUGCGGCAAAGACCACCGAUGGGCCUCCUGCCAUUUUUCCUAUGAGGCAACGCCGCUGUACGAGGGCAUCUUCGGGUUUUUACAGGACUCAUACGAGCAAGGAGGGACGCUGACGUCUAACUUGCUCUCUGCUCUGUUGGACGACUAG